AAUAAACAAACACUCCAAUGGUCCCCUCUUGUUCCUAAAAGCAACCCAUCGAUAUUCACCUAUCAACUAAUCACUAUACAUAAUUCCCUCCUUUUUUGAAAUCUUUCUCUAUUCCCCAUGCACUUCCGAACCCAACGAAAGCACACAAUAAACAUAUUAUUAACCCGACAACAGUUUCUCUUCCACUUGUUAUAGACACUGUCCCGCUCUUUCUUUCUUGAUUUGUGAGUUCCAAUGGAGAUCUCGAGACCCUCAUGCUUCCACCUUCUUCUUGCUUUGAUGUUCAUGGCUGCAGUUCUGGCAGUUGAUCCCGUCUCAGAGGCACUUUUGAGCUUGAAAUCUGAGCUCACAGAUUAUUCCGACAGUUUGAGUGACUGGUUUGUGCCUUCUGGGCUGAAGCCAGCUGGAAAAAUCUAUGCUUGUUCUUGGUCUGGUGUCACAUGUGACAAGAACUCUACCAAAGUCAUUGGCUUGAACCUGUCCAUGAAGGAUCUUGGAGGUGUAAUGUCAGGAAAGCAAUUCAGCCUCUUCACAGACCUUGUUGAUCUCAACUUCAGUUUCAAUUCUUUCUCAGAACAACUCCCUACUGGGAUUUUCAAUCUCAACAAUCUAAGAAGCUUGGACAUCAGCAGAAACAAUUUCUCAGGCCACUUCCCCGUUGGUGUCUCCAAUCUCCACCAUCUGGUUGUCUUUGAUGCCUUCAGCAACAGCUUCUCAGGCCUCUUACCAGCCGAAGUUUCGCAGCUUCAAUUCCUUAAAGUACUCAAUCUUGCUGGGAGUUACUUCAGUGGACCAAUCGCAUCAGAGUAUGGCUCAUUCAAGAGCCUUGAAUUCAUUCACUUGGCAGGCAAUUUUCUCAGUGGCAGCAUACCACCAGAGCUGGGGCAGCUCAAAACAGUGACCCAUAUGGAGAUUGGUUAUAACAGUUACCAAGGAAGCAUUCCCUGGCAACUGGGUAACAUGAGCCAGCUUGAGUAUCUUGAUAUUGCCGGCGCAAACCUCUCUGGUUCAAUACCAAAGCAGCUCAGCAAUCUCACCAACCUUCAGUCACUUUUUCUGUUCAGAAACCAACUCACUGGAUUGAUUCCAUGGGAGCUCUCAAAAAUCAUGCCCCUCAGAAGCCUGGACCUUUCUGAUAACCAGCUUUCUGGGCCCAUUCCUGAGAGCUUUGCAGACUUGAAGAAUCUUAGGCUGCUCAGCCUGAUGUACAAUAACAUGAAUGGCACUGUUCCUGAAGGUAUUGCACAGCUUCCAUCACUUGAUUCUCUCUUCAUAUGGAACAAUUUCUUUCAUGGGCCACUUCCACAAAGCUUGGGCAGGUAUUCAAAGCUGAAAUGGGUGGAUGUUUCAACAAAUAAUUUCAUUGGGAGAAUUCCACCAGAUAUAUGUUCAGGAGGGGUCUUGUUGAAGUUGAUCCUCUUUUCAAAUAAUUUUUCUGGUGGACUAUCUCCAUCUCUCACCAAUUGUUCAUCUCUCGUUCGCCUACGAAUAGAAAAUAAUUCUUUCUCAGGUGAGAUCCCUCUGAGAUUCAGUGGACUUCCUGAUAUGGCAUAUGUUGAUCUGUCUAGAAAUAGGUUCACAGGAGGAAUUCCCACUGAUAUUUCCCAAGCUCCCAAGCUUCAGUACUUUAAUGUGUCUAAUAAUCCUGAGCUUGGAGGUAUAGUCCCAACACAGACAUGGUCUUUGCCACAGCUUCAGAACUUCUCAGCAUCCUCUUGUAGCAUUACUGGAAAUCUUCCUCCAUUCGAAUCCUGCAAAUCACUCUCUGUAGUUGAAUUAAGGACAAACAUGUUGUCAGGACCCGUUCCAGGAAGUGUCUCCAACUGCCAGGUUAUUGAGAAGAUGGACUUGGCCAACAAUAAUUUCACUGGUCACUUACCUGAGGAGCUGGCUACUCUUCCUGCUCUCUCUGAAUUAGAUUUUUCACAUAAUAAUUUCAGUGGUCCAAUACCCACAACGUUUGCCAAUUCUUCAAGACUGAUGAUUCUGAACGUAUCAUUCAAUCAUAUCUCCGGUUCCAUUCCACCAGAAAAGAAAUUUAGAUCGAUGGGGAGCAGUGCUUUUGUCGGAAAUCCAGAGCUAUGUGGAGCACCCCUGCAACCUUGUCCUGGUACAACAAAAAUUCCAAAUGGACUCCAAUUGGGAAUCAGGAGGACACAGAAGUUUGCUUGGGUUCUUAUACUGUGUUCAGUGGUGGUUCUAUGCGUCACAGUUUCAAUCAUUGGUGUAUUUUACUUCCGGAGAGGAAGUGAAGGCCAGUGGAGAAUGGUCUCAUUUAUUGGACUUCCUCGGUUCACUGCAAAUGAUAUUUUGAGGAGCUUCAAUUCCACAGAAGUUAUAGAGACGAUGCCGCCAUUGUCAGGUUCAUUCUGCAAAGCAGUCCUGCCCACAGGAAUAACAGUUUCAGUCAAGAAGAUUGAGGUGGAUGCCAAAAAUAUGAAGGCAAUGCUAGAAUUCAUAACACGGCUGGGCAAUGCAAGACAUAAGAACUUGACCAGACUGCUUGGAUUUUGCUAUAACAAUCAUCUGGGUUAUCUUUUGUAUGAUUACUUGCCUGAAAGUAAUCUAGCCGAGAAGAUAAAAAUGAAGAGAGAUUGGAUAGCCAAGGUCAAAAUUGUGAUCGGCAUUGCAAGGGGACUUUGCUUCCUCCAUCACGAUUGUUAUCCUGUGAUUCCCCAUGGAGAUUUGAGGGCUAGUAACAUUGUGUUUGACGAAAACGUGGAACCCCAUUUGGCUGAAUAUGGGCUUAAAUUUCUGGCAAAGUGGAACCACCAUUCAUUUCCAGCAGCAACUUGCAGGACUGAAACAGGAACAUGCAAAGCUGAAGUUCUUUCACAAAUUUCUGCAGGUGAAUACAAUAGUGCCAUAAAAGAGGAACUCUACUUGGAUAUUUACAACUUUGGGGAGGUAAUUCUGGAAGUUCUAACAAAUGGCAGGCUGAAAAAUCAAGGAGGAAGCAUUCAUGGGAAACCGAUGGAGACACUUUUACGAGAGAUUAGCCAUGAGAAUGAAGUUGGUUCCUCCAAUUCACUCAGAGAGGAAAUAAAGCUGGUUAUUGAAGUUGCUUUGCUCUGCACCAGAAGCAGGCCAUGUGAGAGGCCAUCCAUGGAAGAAAUAUUGAAGCUUCUGUCAGGGCUGAAGCCACAAACAAAAUAACAGGAUCUGUGAGCUACAGGGCUUAUAUCAUAGGAAGUUUAGCAGAUAAGAGUGAAUUUUUGGAUUUGAUUUGGUGGAUAACGUGUUUGUCACAAUUACUAGAACUCCUAUGCUGUAAAAUAGAAGGCUAUAAUUUUGUGUAUUCUUCAUGCAUCUUAUGUACAAAUUUUUUUUUUACUGUGUUCUCUUUUUUGGGGGUGGGGGGCAGGAUUUGGUAGGUUGCUGCUAUUACUCCAUUUCACCCCUGCCCCUCCAAAAGGCUCUGUAAUUGCUAUUUUGGGUAUCUUAAAUCUAACAAGCCCCAGAACAAAUACACAGAAAGUGUGAAGAUGUAGGAUGUCCAUCUUCCACGUUACCAGAUAGGUUUAAUGAGAUUUUUCUG